AUGGGCUAUAAUGUGAAGCGCAUUGUGGUCGACCAGGGAAGCUCAACCAACAUCCUCUUUUGGGAAGCUUUCAUGGGAAUGAAGAUCCCCAAUGACCGACUGAUACCCUACGUGGGAACCCUAGUAGGUUUUGCAGGAGAUCAGGUUAUGGCCAGGGGGUAUGUUGACCUAGAAAUGACCUUCGGUCAGGGCUCGCAGAUGAAAACAGUCACCAUCCGGUACCUAGUGAUGAAUGCUCAAUCGUCUUACAACAUACUUAUCAGCAGGCCCACGUUGAACAAAGUAGGGGCCAUUGUGUCAACAUCGCAUCUGAAGGUGAAGUACCCAUUGUCGAAUGGGGAUGUCGGAGUCCUCAAAGUAGAUCAAGAGGUCUCCCGAACGUGUUACGCGGAUAGUUUGAAGGCAAGAAGGCAUUUAUAUUCCACACCAGCUGAAAAACACAUUCAUUCCAUUGAGCUGGAUCCUAGGAUGGGACAGUUUGAUCACCAACCCGCCCCUGCAGAAGAUAUCAAGGAAGUAGCAGUGAUGGAAGGAAGAACGGUGAAGAUCGGUACUUCUUUAACCCCGGAAAAUGAAGAAAGGUUGGUCAAGGUUCUAAAAGAAAACGCGUCGGUAUUUGCAUGGCACUCCAGCGACAUGCCUGGCGUUGACCCUGAUUUCCUGUGCCAUAAGCUAGCUAUAGAACCUAAUGCAAAAGCAGUAAUCCAAAAGAGAAGGAAGUUUGGGGAGGAGAAACGAACGGCCAUUGCGGAAGAAACGAAUAAAUUAGUAAGGGUAGGACAUGUACGAGAAAUCCAGUAUCUGACCUGGUUGGCGAAUGUGGUAAUGGUUCACAAGAAUAAUGGAAAGUGGAGGAUGUGUAUAGACUUCACUGAUCUUAAUAAGGCUUGCCCAAAGGACUCGUACUCGCUGCCCAACAUAGACUAUUUGGUUGAUGGAGCGUCGGGAUACGAGUUAUUGAGUUUCAUGGAUGCCUACUCGGAAUACAACCAGAUCCUCAUGCAUUCAGCAAAUGAAGACAAGACAGCCUUCAUAGUAGAUCAAGCCUAUUUUUGUUAA